CUGUAAUUAGCCUUGAAAGGCCUCAUUAACACGUACUUAUUUCUCUUUACGGCUUAUUUAUUUAUUUUUUAUUCAUUUCCUUAUCUACAUUAGUUAUGCCGGCCUAUCACUCAAAAUUCAACGAUGGUGACUACCAAUCGAUUGGCAAUAUGUUUGUGUUGCCCAUCAAAACAAACUCUAGAAAUAAUGCAGGUGCUGCUGAUAUUCUGGGUGAAGAUAUUAUCGAUGAAGCCAUUCAACUCUUCCGCGCAAACUGCCUUUUCCGUAACUUUGAAAUCAAGGGAAAUGCAGACCGUGUUUUGAUUUAUCUGAUUCUGUUUAUUUCCGAGUGUCUCGGAAAACUCAACAAGCUCACACCUCAAGGCGACGCGUUGAAACAGCUCAGCACAUUAGCUGUCUCGAGCUUCUCUAUUCCCGGUGAUCCAGGAUUCCCCUUGAACGCCAUGUAUGCCCCUCCAGCUGAUAGAUACCAGGCUGACCAAAUGAAACAAUAUAUUCAGAAACUUCGUCAGGAACUUGCCAUUCGAUUGGUAGAACAGAUUUAUGUGGAUGGAAAACCAAGCAAGUGGUGGAUGUGCUUCCAAAAGAGAAAGUUUAUGAACUUGAGCCUUUAAAAAAAAUAAGAAAAAAAAACCAUUUUAUAAUAUUAUAUGUAUAUAUAUAUAUAUAU